AUGUCAGAUACCACAGAACAGGCGACCGAAUACAAGCCAUUGCCCUCACCGGGAGAGCUGGUUGAUCAGAUUUACUGGGAGCUCGGGAUUCGCAACCCCGGUCGUCCCCGACUCUGUCGUAGUCUGACGAAGACCCUCGACGACAAAGGACAGACCGUGACGACCAUCGCGCUGAACCAGAACAAACUCGCUCCUGUGAUCCUCGCCACGCCACUCAGUCAGCUCAGUCGCGCCUUCCGCCAACACGCCAUAACCGCUGUCGGUCCCGCCAGCGACGAUCCCGGUCUCCUCGUUACAGUCGACAACAUUCGCAAGCUACUGAACGUUCCGACCAAAGUCAGGCUGAGUGAUCAUCUUCUCGGGAUGCGCAAGAGUGACGGGCCGGAGAUCAGUCCUACGCUUCGCGUUCCUGGUGUGCGCUUCACGGACGAAACCUUACCAAGUGGGACUACAACUCGCAUACGUCUCACGGCAGACACGGAAGCCUUUGCGCGGGCACUCAGCAUCGGCAAAUUCAAAAAGCCAGACAGCUCUACGCCUACGGCAAAGAAAGUCUUGAUCAUACAAAGCGAGACUACUGGGGAGGGCCCCGAGGUUUUUCGGCCAUUUGAGAACGGGAGCAUCCGUUCCUACCUCAUGUCGUGGGUGGAUCCUGACAAUGGGGGGUCGGUCCACUAUGUCACAAACGCAGACGCCCCUCCGCCUGGAUCCACCCGGUCGGCCACCAUACCUUUGUUCAAGAUGAGUGGGGAGUUCUCGUUGUACACAGACGGGAAGAGAGUGAUUGAUCUGUGUCGGUUGAAUCGCGACACGGGGGCGGCCCCGGUCUCUCUGGAGAUCUUCUGCUUCCCCCCCGUUGACGACAAGGGGAAACUGGAGGACCUGACAAAAUUGACGGGUGACUUCGGGACCACAGGCUCGACCAAGCUGCCCAAAGGGAGUACCAUCACCUACAAUGUCUUUGGCGGCAAGCAUACCAAGAAAUUGGUGGAUUAUCUCAAGAAAAGGGAGGCUGUCGCUGCGAAGAACAUGAAGGCCAAUGGGGUCACCAUGCGGAUCGUCCCACCCCCUGGAUACAAGGAGCCGGAAACGGCGCCCAACGUCUCGACCGAGGGAAAUUCCACUGCGCCAUCGGCUGCUGAAACGGAGAACGGCGGGACUACGGUAUCGGACUGA